AUGUAUUUGAUAUACUUAAAAACGUCGGUACCAGUUCACGCUCCAGCAGCUGGAGUUAUAGAAGAAUUAUUGGUAGAAGAUGGAGCUACUGUACAACCAGGAAUGGAUUUAUUUAAAUUACGUGUAUCUGGAAGUACGCAGGAUGUCAAAGAGGGUGUUUUUGUAAAAGGCGCAUAUUGUCUUAAGACAUGGUGUACAAAAAAUGAACAAUACUUACUACAAACAAUCCUGAUCGUCAUGUCAGUAAGGGAUAUGGCCACUGUGAAGUGCAAUGCAACUUUGUACACAAUGUGGCAUACUCAGAACAACAUGAUCCAGGAGCUGUUGAGGCUUUCUCAGAAAUGUCAAAAUCUAUCAACUCCAGCUUUUGCACAAAACUUUCACACAUCACAAAUUACAAGAAACGAAGUUAGAGUCGUAAAAUGUCCCCAGUUGGCUGAAUCAUUAAGUGAAGGAGAUAUCAGAUGGGAAAAAGCUGUGGGAGAUACAGUAGCAGAAGAUGAAAUUGUUUGUGAAGUGGAGACAGAUAAGACGUCGGUACCAGUUCACGCUCCAGCAGCUGGAGUUAUAGAAGAAUUAUUGGUAGAAGAUGGAGCUACUGUACAACCAGGAAUGGAUUUAUUUAAAUUACGUGUAUCUGGAGAUGCUACAGUAGCAAAGCCUAAAGAAGCAGCUGCAGCCCCUCCUAAAGAACAACCUCCUGAAAGCAUCCCACCACCACCACCACCACCACCUUCACCAGUGUCAGCAGAAUCUCCCCCUGCUGUGAAACCAACUCCAUCAGAUGGACCAAUACCUUCUGUACCUCCACCUCCACCAUCUGUGCCAGUUACCCCAAUGGUUUCUGUUCCAACUUCAACUGUUAAACCUGCUGUAGCAGAUCCUAGUAAAAUUACUGAUUCUAGGUCUGAACAGAGGGUUAAAAUGAACAGAAUGAGACAACGUAUUGCCCAACGUCUUAAAGAAGCUCAAAAUAUUUAUGCAAUGUUAACCACUUUUAAUGAAAUAGAUAUGAGUAAUAUAAUAGAAAUGCGAAAACUUCACAAGGAUGCUUUUCUGAAAAAGCACGGCAUUAAAUUAGGAUUUAUGUCUGCUUUUGUAAAGGCAUCUGCCUAUGCUCUGAAAGAUCAACCAAUUGUUAAUGCAGUUAUUGACAAUUUGGAAAUUGUUCAUAGAGAUUACAUUGAUAUCAGUGUUGCUGUAGCUACACCAAAGGGAUUGGUAGUACCAGUAAUAAGGAAUGUAGGAAACAUGAAUUAUGCUGAUAUUGAAAAAGCAAUUAAUGCACUUGGAGAAAAGGCAAGACUUGGUAAUCUUGCCAUCGAAGACAUGGAUGGAGGGACCUUUACCAUAAGUAACGGAGGUGUUUUUGGCUCAGUAUUUGGCACUCCAAUCAUCAAUCCUCCUCAGUCUGCUAUUCUUGGAAUGCAUGCCGUCGUCGAUCGCCCGGUUGCCAUAAAUGGAAAGGUGGAAAUCCGUCCAAUGAUGUACGUCGCUCUUACUUACGAUCACCGUUUGAUAGACGGUAGAGAAGCGGUUCUAUUUUUACGGAAGAUCAAGGCUACGGUCGAAGACCCAAGAAUGCUUCUGUUAGAUAUUUAAUUUCGGAAGUAUUGGAAGCAAUUGCAAUAGUAUGUAUUAGUGGUAAAUGGCAAAUGACUUUAUUUAAUAAGGAAUGUCAUGAUUAAAUAGCAAAUAAGUACUCUUAUUUGAAUUUGUCUCCAAGAAUGAUUGUAAACAAGGCAAUUGUUUUUUGAAGAAACAAUUAUUGUCAUAUUCUGAAACAUUCAAGAAUGCUGUUGUUUAAUAUAACAAAUCUUGCCUGAAAUGAAAUAUUUUUAUUUUAGCAAAUAUUAUUUUAGCUUUUAUCAAUUAAUACAUUAUUUAAAUAAAAGACAAGAUUAUUAAUAAAUUUUAUUAUUAAAUUUUGACACUUCUAAAGGAAUACUAAAAAUUACAUUUCAAACUUGUUCUUUAAUUCUGAAUGAGUAUUUCUAUCAAAAUGAUUUAAUAGAAAUAAAGAAUUGUUUGAGUGAUGUAUUAUAAAAUAUAAAACAGGUACUUAAAUUCUAGAUUUCUUUUUAAGUCAUUUUGUAAACACACAGUAUAAUGAAAUUCAGCAAUUACUUUAUACAUAUUUUUAGUUAUAGAUUCACAUCCAAAUUACUUCCAUUUAAAUGUAUUAUUCUCGUUUUGAUAAUAAACAGAAAAUAAGAUUCUUUAAUUAAUAUUAUAUGUAAAAUUGAUAGCUACAGUGUUUAAGUACCAAUGCAAAUAAGCCCGGCAAGAAAUUCUUAUAAAAAAUUUUGGUUCUUUAUUUAAUCAAACAUAUGUAAUAAACUGCAAACCGAAAGGUGAGAGAACCAUUACAAUAAUGUUAAGUAAUUUAAUUUUUGAUACAACAUAACUGUGUUGGACAAAUGUAGCUGGACCUUAUAUCCUUAUAUCUGACAUAAAUUUAUCAACAGAUGGCUGAUCGUUUUGAAAUCAAACUAAUAAAUUAGUGACUAGCUCUUUUAGUAAUUUCUACAUAAAAAUUCUUUUAACACUUUUAGAAAAUACUGUCAUCUAUUCAUUGCUGUGGCUUUAUUUCAUUGCAUGUAUAAAAAAAACUAACAACAACUUACAGGGAGAUACAGAAAUAUCAUUGUAUCCUAUCUGUAUAGCUACACACAGCUCAGAAAUGGGAUGGCAUUUUUUAAUACUUACGAAAAAAAUUUGAAUUUGUAUGCACAGUUGCCAUAGAAAAUAAAAAAUAAAUAGUAAUAAUUAAAUGAAAUUGACACUAUGUCUGAAGGAAUUUGUUUUCACAAGACAAAAAUUACAUAUUAAUAUUUUAAAUGAA